UUUGCUAGAUGGCGAAAUUUUUCAUCCAAUCACAGAGCAAUACUCAAUAUACUCAUUCACACGACUGUCAAACUUGAGACACGGAAGGUCUGUGAAUAUCGAUGUAAUACAACUAAAAUAUCAACAUUUUCAACUUGUACCAUGGGAUAUUAUAAGCGUUAAGACAUCAUGGCUUCUGAUACAAUAAAUGACAGACUGAGCAUAAAGAAUCUUCUAUUUACAAAGGCUCUACCAAACUAUGUCAUUCCUGUACCUACAGCAGGGUAUAAAACAUAUCCCUGCAUUGACUGUGGUGACAGAUUUCUCUUCAAAUCAAGCUAUGAAUACCAUAUCAAUCGGCAAUCUGUUGUGAUCACCUACAUGUGCAGAUACUGCAAUCAACAGAAAACGUUUAACAACAGAUGCAAACUCCUCUCUCACAUCCGGUCACAUGCCUUUAAAACUGCUACAAUCAACGUCAGCGAUUUGAAAGUAGAUCCAUUGCCAGCAAGCUACUUCGAUAAUCUAGCAGCUAAACAUGGCAUACGCUUAGAAACUAACAACCAGAAAGCAACUCUGCUGCAACAAAUUAAAGCCAAAACGCCGAGUAAAUUCUCGUGCUUGGAAUGUAAUCUGGAAAUAACAGUUAAAACACACGUAAAUAAAGACAGAGCAAAACAUUUUAUGCAGUAUACUAAUAAAGUUCACGCCUGUCCAGUGUGUCUCUUUGCUCUACCAACAACUUGUGGGCUCAAAGCGCACUUGCGUCUCCACUCGGGCAACGGGCCGUUCAUCUGUCCAGAAUGUGGGGUCCCCUUAACAAAGAAGAUGAUACAAUAUCCAUACACUCAUGACUGCGAAGGAUUUCGGAUGAUGCGAGCCACUGCUAGGUACAAGUGCCCUCUUCCACAAUGUUACUUAUUUCAUCCAAAUGAAUACAAAUCACACAUGAGGAAUAACCACAUGAAGAGGGUGUUUAAAUGCCCUUUGUGUGUUGUAGCGUGUUUCAAUGAAGCCACUAUAGCUAAACAUUUGAAGAGUCAUGCUACUGAAGCGAAAGCUUUAAUCUUCUUUCAAUGUGAGAUGUGCCCCGGAAGAUUAGUACUAAACAAUCAAAUGGAUAAUCAUUUGAGGGGUCAUAUCACCAAUUCUGCGUUUGUCUAUCCCUGCUGGGCUUGCGGUCAAGUGUUUAGGGAAGUCCGCAGUUUAUUGCAGCAUUAUUCUAACAACCACGGUCAAACUGGAAAGUUUACACCCCAGUCAGCCACAGCACCUGCUUUUGCUCCAAAACCUGAUAAACCUGGCUUGGUUUAUCGUGUAGUAAAAAGGUGCGACAAGUGUACAAGAAGCUUCACUUACAAAUGCAAAUAUGAACAAAUAUCUAUUCUGCCGAACGAGUGCCCUUUUAAAUGUUCAGCGUCGGCCUCUAGUAAGCAAGUCAUCACGGAACCAGAAUUCACGAUACCAGCAGAAACCACAAUCAAAUGUUAUUUGUGUAAGAAAGAUAUACCUGAAAACUGGGAUGAUAUCAAGACUCAUUUUGCGGCUGAUCAUAAAGAGCAUCGCUGUUUGGAUGCGACACUAGUUAUACCAAAAAUGAACGUUAAGAAAUUCAAAAGAAAGCAAAGAAGGGAAGCCAGAAAACGGUUCCGAGAAACUUUGAAAAAAUUAAGGGUACCAACGAACAGCAAACAUAAAAAAAACGCUGGACAGCCUUCCAGCGUUCAAGAUUCGUUCUCUAGUAACAAUCCAUUAGCUUGCAAAAAAUGUGGUCACGAAGCCCAAGACAAACUACAGCUGGAAGAGCACUUGAAAAGUCAUAGAGAUUCCAACAUGGCGUACCAAUGCAUGGAUUGCGGACAAUGCUUCGUGGUGAAACCCUCCUUUACGACCCAUUUAUUAGUAGAGCAUGGUAUAUCCGACGUUAACGAAUAUAUACUUUCGAAACAAUGCUACAAUGCUGACGCCCUGUUAAAAAAUAAUUUCACCACGGAUAAAGUUAAAGAGGAGGAACCACUGCGCGAAAACCAAUGCCAAAUUUGUCGGGAUCAAUUCGACGAUCCAGAAGACUUAGAAAAACAUUUCAGAGUUCACGGUAUGGCCUUUUUGAUGAAGAAUUCAUCUGCAAAGAAUAAUAGUCCUUAAAAAUAUACAUCGCUAGCCGACUACGUAUUUUAGUUUUAAUUUUUAACAAGCAGAAA